CAAUUCAGAAAAACUCUUCUUUCAAUAUUUUAUUCUUACAUUCUUAACUUCAAUCUAGAUCGAAAACCAUGGCAAGAACAAAGCAAACCGCAAGGAAAUCAACCGGAGGAAAAGCACCAAGGAAGCAAUUAGCAACAAAAGCAGCAAGGAAAUCAGCACCAGCAACCGGAGGAGUGAAGAAACCACAUAGAUUCAGGCCAGGAACUGUUGCUCUUCGUGAAAUCAGAAAGUAUCAAAAGAGUACUGAGUUAUUGAUCCGCAAGCUUCCUUUCCAGCGUUUGGUUCGUGAGAUUGCUCAAGAUUUUAAGACUGAUUUACGUUUUCAAUCUAGUGCUGUUGCUGCUCUACAAGAAGCUGCUGAAGCUUAUUUAGUUGGUCUCUUUGAAGAUACUAAUCUCUGUGCUAUUCAUGCUAAGAGAGUUACUAUUAUGCCUAAAGAUAUCCAACUUGCUCGUAGAAUCCGUGGAGAAAGGGCUUAGAGAUCUACUCAGUUAUCUAAUUAGGGAUUUCCAUCUCUCUAUUUCUCAGUUUAUUACCAUUAUCUAGAAUGACUGUUUGCUUUUAAUUUUUAGUUUUGUUAGAUCUGAUGGAAAUGGUCUUGUAAUAGCUUAGGUUUUCAAGUUGGAUCUAUUUAUGAAUAUAUUUUCAAGCUUUUAAGAAA